CUCGCGCGGGAGUCACUCCCCCGUGCACGCCCUCGCCCCGGGCCCCCGUCCGCGGCGAGCCUCCGGGUCCUCCUCAUCUCUCCCUCCGCUGCCCGGCGGCCCCGCGCUCUCGCCCCGGGCCUGAGCCGCUCGCCGGCGGAGAUCGGUCGGAAGCCCAGGGCGCAGCCUCGCUGCCUCCCCCGGACUCUCCUCUCCGCCCCGCCCGCGCCGCGCCCCCAUUGCCUCCCCCUUCGGGAGACGGACCUAGCCAGGAAGCCCGCGGCCGCCGGGCUCCGCUCCGCGCUGCGCUGGUAGCGACGGGGGCAGGGAGCGAGCGAGAGAGCCGCGAGCCCGCGAGCCCGCGAGCAGAGCGGCGAGGCGGGGAGGGGACACGCUGCCGAGCCUGGGCUGGAGCGGCGGCUGCGGCGGCGGCGGCGGCGGGGGAGGGAGGGGCCCACGGACAGACGGACGCACGAACCAACCGAGCGAGGGAGGGAGAGAGCUCGACUUCGCCGGCGAGGAGGUGGCUGCUGGGCUCUCCCCCGCGCUGCUGGGCGCUCGGCGCCUUCGCGGCUCCCGGCUCCCGGCUCCCGGCAGCAGCUUGCACGCGCGCGCGGGGCGCGGGGCCCGGGCUUGCUUCACGGAAGAUGGUGUACAUUUGGGGAUUGCAGAGUCAUCUCACUACCGUCUUUAAAAAGCCAGAUCUGGGAAGGGGUCACUGAACUAACUCCAAGCUGGUGCGCACAGUAUCUGCACAGUGGCCGGCCCGAGAGCUGGAGUCACCAUGGCGGCGGGAGUGGCAGCCUGGCUGCCUUUUGCACGGGCGGCGGCCAUCGGAUGGAUGCCAGUGGCCAACUGCCCCAUGCCCCUGGCCCCGGCGGACAAGAACAAGCGGCAGGAUGAACUGAUCGUGCUCAACGUGAGCGGGCGGAGGUUCCAGACCUGGCGGACCACGCUGGAGCGCUACCCCGACACGCUGCUGGGCAGCACGGAGAAAGAGUUCUUCUUCAACGAGGACACCAAGGAGUACUUCUUCGACCGGGACCCAGAGGUCUUCCGCUGCGUGCUCAACUUCUACCGCACCGGGAAGCUGCACUACCCGCGCUACGAGUGCAUCUCGGCCUAUGACGACGAGCUGGCCUUCUACGGCAUCCUUCCCGAGAUCAUUGGGGACUGCUGCUACGAGGAGUACAAGGACCGCAAGAGGGAGAACGCCGAGCGGCUCAUGGAUGACAACGACUCGGAGAACAACCAGGAGUCCAUGCCCUCGCUCAGCUUCCGCCAGACCAUGUGGCGGGCCUUCGAGAACCCGCACACCAGCACGCUGGCCUUGGUCUUCUACUACGUGACCGGCUUCUUCAUCGCCGUCUCGGUCAUCACCAACGUGGUGGAGACGGUGCCGUGCGGCACGGUGCCCGGGAGCAAGGAGCUGCCGUGCGGCGAGCGCUACUCGGUGGCCUUCUUCUGCCUGGACACCGCCUGCGUCAUGAUCUUCACCGUGGAGUACCUGCUCCGGCUCUUCGCCGCGCCCAGCCGCUACCGCUUCAUCCGCAGCGUGAUGAGCAUCAUCGACGUGGUGGCCAUCAUGCCCUAUUACAUCGGCCUGGUCAUGACCAACAACGAGGACGUGUCGGGCGCCUUCGUCACGCUGCGGGUCUUCCGCGUCUUCCGGAUCUUCAAGUUCUCGCGCCACUCCCAGGGCCUGCGGAUCCUGGGCUACACGCUGAAGAGCUGCGCCUCCGAGCUCGGCUUCCUCCUCUUCUCCCUCACCAUGGCCAUCAUCAUCUUUGCCACUGUGAUGUUUUAUGCCGAGAAGGGCUCCUCUGCCAGCAAGUUCACGAGCAUCCCCGCCUCCUUUUGGUACACCAUUGUCACCAUGACCACGCUGGGAUACGGAGACAUGGUGCCCAAGACAAUUGCCGGGAAGAUCUUCGGCUCCAUCUGCUCCCUGAGUGGCGUCCUGGUCAUUGCCCUGCCAGUCCCCGUGAUCGUGUCCAACUUCAGCCGGAUUUACCACCAGAAUCAGAGAGCCGAUAAACGCAGGGCACAAAAGAAGGCCCGCCUUGCCAGGAUCCGUGUGGCCAAAACAGGCAGCUCCAAUGCCUACCUGCACAGCAAGCGCAACGGGCUCCUCAACGAGGCACUGGAGCUGAUGGGCACCCCGGAAGAGGAGCCCAUGGGCAAGACCACCUCACUCAUCGAGAGCCAGCACCAUCACCUGCUGCACUGCCUGGAGAAAACCACUGGGUUGUCCUAUCUUGUGGAUGAUCCCCUGUUGUCUGUUCGAACCUCCACCAUCAAGAACCACGAGUUUAUAGAUGAGCAGAUGUUUGAGCAGAACUGCAUGGAGAGUUCAAUGCAGAACUACCCAUCCACAAGAAGCCCCUCGCUGUCCAGCCACUCGGGCCUCACGACCACCUGCUGCUCCCGUCGUAGUAAGAAGACCACACACCUGCCCAAUUCCAACCUGCCGGCCACUCGCCUGCGCAGCAUGCAAGAGCUCAGCACAAUCCACAUCCAGGGCAGUGAGCAGCCCUCCCUCACCACCAGUCGCUCCAGCCUUAAUUUGAAAGCAGACGACGGACUGAGACCAAACUGCAAAGCAUCCCAGAUCACCACAGCUAUCAUCAGCAUCCCCACUCCCCCCGCGCUAACCCCGGAGGGGGAAAGUUGCCCCCCCACUGCCAGCCCGGGCCCCAACACGAACAUUCCUUCCAUAGCCAGCAAUGUUGUCAAGGUGUCCGCCUUGUAAAACCAUGGGACAGAGGGCCAGUGCGGGGAGUGGGAGCCGAGGGGGCUGGCAUGUCGGUGGGUGGCCACUGGGACCACUCCCCCCCCUUUCCCCAUUCUUUCCGCCUGCCCCGUUGCACCCCUAGCACUGAAACUUGUGCCUGCAAGGGAAAAAGGGCAGCACAGGGGCCCCUGAGGUUCACUGCUGCUGGCGUGGACAUAGCCUUGUGAUCCUGCCUCUCACUGGGGCCAG